CCCCGAGGCUCUCGCGGGCUGCUGCCAUCCUAGCGACCGCCUUUGCGCCUUGCGCCGCCCGCCCACCGGGGGCUCCACCGCCCUCUUCUCGGCCUUACUAGCCCGCAGCCUCGCGCUCCGCAGGUCCUUCGUGUGCGGGUCGGGAACUUCGCGCCCCUCACGCUUUCCCGGCGCCCGACGGGGCCGCCUCGGGCCAUGGUGCCCUUCCAGGAGGAUCCCGCCGCCGAGCAGGGAACUGGAGAGGCGCAGCCUCCUGACCCCACGCCCAUGGGGGCCGCUCCUCUUUCCGACCCGGGACCCUCAGAUGGCCCCGAGGCGGCCACUGAGAAGGUGGAAGUAGAACUGACCGGGCCGGCGGGGGCAGAGCCCCCGCCGCCCCCAGAGGGCGGCUGGGGUUGGGUAGUGAUGCUGGCGGCCAUGUGGUGCAACGGGUCGGUGUUUGGCAUCCAGAACGCCUGCGGGGUGCUCUUCGUGUCCAUGCUGAAGACCUUCGGGUCCGCAGACGAUGACAAGCUGGUCUUCAAGACAGCAUGGGUAAGUUCUCUCUCCAUGGGGAUGAUUUUCUUCUGCUGCCCAAUAGUCAGCGUCUUCACAGACAUAUUUGGUUGCCGGAAAACAGCUGUUGUGGGUGCUGCCGUUGGAUUUAUUGGACUCAUGUCCAGUUCUUUUGUAAGUUCCAUCGAGCCUCUCUACCUUACCUAUGGAAUCAUAUUUGCCUGUGGCUGCUCCUUUGCAUACCAGCCUUCAUUGGUCAUUCUGGGACACUAUUUCAAGAAGCGUCUUGGGCUGGUGAAUGGCAUCGUCACUGCUGGCAGCAGUAUCUUCACAAUUCUGCUGCCUUUCCUUUUAAGAGUCCUGACUGAAAGCGUGGGCCUCUUUUACACCCUGAGGGUCCUCUGCAUCUUCAUGUUUGUUCUCUUUCUGGCGGGCUUUACUUACCGACCUCUUUCUCCCAGUGCCAAAGACAAAGAGAGUGGAACCCAAGGGGGCAAGCGAUUUUCCCUCUUUUCCAGGAGAAAAUUCAGCCCUCCAAAAAAAGUUUUCAAUUUUGCCAUCUUCAAGGUGACAGCUUAUGCAGUGUGGGCAGUUGGAAUACCAGUUGCACUUUUUGGAUACUUUGUGCCUUAUGUUCACUUGAUGAAAUAUGUGAAUGAAAGAUUUCAAGAUGAAAAAAAUAAAGAGGUGCUUCUCAUGUGCAUUGGCAUCACCUCGGGAGUUGGACGUCUGCUCUUUGGCCGGAUUGCAGACUACGUGCCUGAUGUGAAGAAGGUUUAUCUACAGGUACUCUCUUUUGUCUUCAUCGGUCUGAUGUCCAUGAUGAUCCCCCUGUGUAAAAUCUUUGGGGGCCUCAUUGCUGUCUGUCUCAUCAUGGGACUCUUCGAUGGAUGUUUCAUUUCCAUUAUGGCCCCCAUUGCCUUUGAAUUAGUUGGUGCCCAGGACGUCUCCCAAGCAAUUGGAUUUCUGCUUGGAUUCAUGUCUGUGCCCAUGACUGUGGGGCCACCCAUUGCAGGGUUACUUCGUGACAAGCUCGGCUCCUACGAUGUGGCGUUCUACCUCGCUGGAAUCCCACCCCUGGUUGGAGGUGCUAUCCUUUGUUUAGUCCCAUGGAUACAUAGUAAGAAGCAAAGAGAUAUCAGUCAAACCACAGGAGGAGAAAAGAUGGAGAAAAUGUUGGAGAACCAGAACUCUCUGCUGUUGAAUUCAUCUGGAAUCUUUAAGAAAGAAUCUGAUUCUGUUAUUUAAUGUCUCAUAUACCUCCACCAGACUGGACUUGCUUCAGCAGUUUAAGCAAGUUAUCUUUUUAUAUGAAUUGCAAAUUUCCUAUUUUUUUAAUCACAUCCUAGGAAUAGCACAAUAAUUGGGAAAUAGAACUUGUAUUUCUGCAAGAACCAUUUUUCUGCCACUGAAUAGCUGUCUGAUAUUUCCAUAUUUCUGAAGGCAGAAUCUCUGGUAUAUGAAAAAAUGUCUGGAAGUCAAAUAUUGUGAGAACUUGAAGCUAUCUUAGUAAAAAGCAACUUUGGAAACUGUGAAUGCUAUUUAGCUUGUACAAAUAUUUAAAUAUACCUCAAGCUAUCCUGAAAGAGCUGUGGUUUGGUUGGGACUGGAAAUACUGUUUGUAGUCUCACAUGGUGUUCUUAGUUCUGAUAUCUGCUUCUUCAGCUGUUUGGAAGCAUUUUAUAAAAUUUAAACUUGGAUUCCGUAUAACAUCAGAUCUACCUAAAUCUCAAGUCUAUAUAAAGUUGAUUUCCUGUUGUUAAAUAAGCUAUGAAAUUAAGUUGUUUUCAUUUGCUCCAUUGUCAAGGAGCCUUUUUGGAACAGAUGCUAACAAUGUAUUCAUAUUUGAUUAGUGAGACAAAAAAGUAGCCUCC